AUGUCUGAACAUCCAAACACCUCGUCUAUGCUUCUCGAUAAAGAUAUAUCUGCACGUGCAUCAUUAUUUGGUCAACGUUUAAAGUCAAUGAAUGAUACAUUUUUCUCAUCAAUUCUUAAUACGACGAAGAAUAAACAAGAAAAAGUUGUUGUCAAAAAUGCUCAAGAUUUCCAUCAAAUGAAUGUCAACAAUGACUUUACAUUCGGAGCAAGUUCUUCCUCUACUUCAACAACAACGGAUCAGUACAGUUUUACUUUCAACCAACAAUCACACAGAGAGGACGAGGACAUAGACCUACAACCAACAAGCCCAAUUAAAACACGACGAAAAGAAAGCUGUAAUCACAAAAUUAAUCAAUCAUCAACACCAAAUAAUUCGAAUACAAAUAUUUAUAAUCCAUCGUCCGAUUUAUCCCAAAUAUCUUCCAUAACAGUUUCUACUCAUAAUAAAAAUGAUGCUACUAUCCAUAUGCCAACAUCGAAACAAUCUCCUCAACAACAAAAUCCUACAGCCAUUAUUGUUGAUUAUUCAGCUACAUCGCCCCCGCCCUCACUAACAAUUAACCAGUCUCAUCAGCCACAAGCGAUGAUACCUUCUCAUCCUUAUCCUUAUUAUUAUCCUGUUUUAUCCUUUCAUCCUCCAACAAUGCCUGUAUUUUUAUAUCCUCGUACACAUCCUAUUCUUACGCAUGAUCCACAUAAUAAUGGCCCAAUAGUGACUACAUUAAACAGUCAACUAUCAGCUGGUAAUGACAAAUCUCAACAAAUGUGGAAUUUUUCUAGUCAUCAAUCGUCAACGAGUUCAGUGAAGAGUAGUGUUGAUCACUAUCAUUGGUGGUUAGAUAUUCCUUCGUCAAUGGAUCUAAAAUCGUGUUAUGUUAAUCAAACAGUAUCUGUUGAUAUUCAAAUUACAAACAAUGGUUCAUUAGAAAAUUUGUUGAGUGUUGGCAUAUGUACAUGGGAUAUUAUUCAAAAUACAAGUCUAUUGGGCGAAGAUGAACACCAUCAUACAGCUCAUACAGAAUGUCCAUUUAUCUUGGACAAAACAGAAUAUUUAGUUAAAUCCCAACAACUUUUAAAUAUUAAAAUUCAUUUUUACCCUCGUCUAGUGGGUAAUUAUUGCUCUAAAUUAUUUGUUCGUUGUAACCAUUGUCAGUUACAAUCACAAUCAUCAAUUAUUUCACUUGUGGCAGUUUGUCAACAACCACAGAUUGAAACUACACCUCUAUAUUGUCAAUUUGGUUUAUUAAUGAAAUCGGUGGAUAAUUCAAAACAAAUGAAACAAGGAAAAUCAAACUUAUCCAAAUUACAACUGACAUUAGACUCCUGUGAACAAGAAUAUACCAUUUAUGUAACGUGUAAUACAAAAGGAACAAUAAGCGAAAAUAAAAAACAUAAAGAAAAAGGGGACAUAUUCAUAUCAUAUGAUGAUUGUUUGUUAAAAACUAUACAAUUAAAAUCAACAAUUGGACGAGCUGAACUUGAAUCAUUAUCAAGUCAGCCAUUGCUAUUUUUUGGUGAUAACUUAAGACAUUUAAUGUUAAAAAAUGUUGGAUCUGUAUCGGGUAUUUAUUCAUUUUCAUUUCCAAACGAGACGUUGAAAUUAUUUGAUGUUGAACCUCAAACAUGUAUAAUUAAACCUCAACAAAUACAAACAUUAACAAUUACAUAUAAUGAGCAACAAAAUACACAUGACUCAUUCGUCACGCAGUCAGUUAUGCAGCUGUAUCGAAGGUACUACACGGCUGACAAGUAUCAAGAUGAUUAUGAAAAUGAUGUGAAACGGGGAAUGGAGGGGAAAUGGGUGUUUAUUUGGGCAAAUAUUGGUACAGAAGAACAACCAAAUCUAGAACUCCAGUCCUUUCAAAGUACAGAAGAACGAGAACAACUUACACAAAAAUUAGAAAAAGUACAAAGAAAUGAACAAGUUGGUGUCGAUGAGACUAAAAAAGCUAAACGAACAGAAAAAGUUAAAAUCGCACACAGCAAUGAAGAGUUGAAUAAAUCUAAACCAAAAGAUAAACUAGGUCGCGCACAUAGUGUUGAAAAAUCGCAAUCUUCAGCUACAAAAGUAGGUAAACUUCGAAAAUCAAAGAAAAAAAACGUAAAAGUUGAACAUGCGGAAAUAUUUUAA